AUGUUCUCCCUGCGACCUGCGCUGAAUAUCUGUCGGGCCUCCGCCUCCUCGUCGCUGACGCCGUUGUCGUCAGCGUUCGGAGUGCAGUUUGCUCGGGGGCGACACCAGCUUGCGCCCAGGAAGGUCGAGCACAUCAAGCGGCACAAGGGCAAAAUCCCGAUUCCUAUAGGAGGAUCCACGAAGGGCACGACGCUCGCGUAUGGCGACUGGGGCAUCAGGAUAAAGGGCCCGGGGGUGCGGUUCACCGCGAAGCAGCUGCAGACGGCGGAGGAGGUCAUUCGGCGGAAGAUCAAGGUGAUUAAAGGCGCAAAGGUGUAUUUGCGAGUGUUCCCCGAUAUUCCGGUUUGCGUGAAGGGAAAUGAGACGCGUAUGGGUAAGGGGAAGGGUAGUUUCGAGUUUUGGGCGACUCGCGUCCCGACAGGACGUGUAAUUUUCGAGAUCGGGGGCGCUCCCAUCCGAGAGGAGCUUGCGCGAGAAGCACUUCGACAAGCCGCAGACAAGCUCCCCACGACAAUGGAAUUCAUCACGAAGCGGUCACCACCUCGUCUAGGCAAUAUGCUUAUCACGCCAGAGACCGCGAACGUCCCAGCACCGCCCAUGAUCCAGCGGACUGUUGAGAUUCCUGCCGCCGCAGAGGCCUCGGCAUAG